AUGAGCGAACAGACUUUUGACGCUGCCCUGCUCCGCCCUCGCAAGAACCUCUUCGUGAAAGCGGCUUAUUCUCGAACGGAUGCUGAACGCAUCGAGUUCCACAGGAAGUACAUCCACAUGCCUCCUUCACCCAAGAGGAAAAUCCCAAAGAAUGACUGCAACGGGCUGGGGAACAUCUGGAAGUUCCCAUACCUCUGCUACAAGUAUGGUGGAGGUGCAUUCCUCCUUCCCUACACCUUCAUGCUCUUCCUCGUCGGGAUCCCCAUGUUCCUCAUCGAAUUGACCAUCGGCCAAUUCUCGGCCCUCACUCCGAUCAAGUGCUUUUCGAACAUGAUACCUCUGUUUGCUGGUAAGACUGUGGGAAGCCAUCACAUCGAAAGAAUCGGGAUCACCUCUUUCCUGGAUUCGAUGAAGGUCAUCGUCGCCUACAACAUGAUCAUCGCCUGGUCCUUGUAUUACUUCGGGGUGUCCUUCCAAUCGGAUCUCCCUUGGACUCACUGCGGUCAAGACCACAACACCCACACCAAUGCAAUCGGGAAACGAGUCCAUGCUCACUGUCCCUUAGCAUCGGAGGAGUACAUGAAGCACGGAGUUCUAGGAAUCACAUCUGGUCUGGAAGAAUUGGGGACUCUUCAAUGGCGACUGGUCCUGUCCUAUUUCGCGGCUUGGGCCUUGAUCUUCAUAAGUCUUUGCAAGGGAAUACGGAGCUCAGGCAAGGCAAGUGCAUUCCAUCGAGGUUAUUCCCCACCCUGUGUCUCCAUUGAUUCAAAUGCUAUUUUCCCUCGUAUGACCCCGGAUGAACACCUGAUAGCUGCUUUUACUCGAUACGAGAGGAGCAUUCGAGAAUGCCGAGUUCGUGUGGGAACAGUCGAGAUACAUUGCACUUGUGUCUCUGGAAUCCUGCAGGUGGUGUAUUUCACGGCCACCUUCCCUUACGUCCUCAUGGUGGCUCUUCUCGUCCGGGGAGUGACCUUGCCCGGCGCCAUGGACGGAAUCCGCUUCUACAUGGUCCCCCAAUGGGAUAAAGUCAUGAACAUCAAGGUUUGGGAGCAAGCCCUGGCUCAAAUUCUGGGGAGCUUGAGUCUGGGCGGAGGCGGUCUCGUCACUUUGGCCUCGUACAAUCGGUUCAGGUACAACCUCAUCAGGGACACAUGGGUAGUGGGGUUGGGGAAUAGCUUAACGAGUAUUUUUGGAGGCUUCGCCAUUUUUUCCACUCUCGGCUUCAUGGCGCAUCAGUUGGAAGUCCCCGUCGAUCAGCCGGAUGAACGGAGAGAGGAUGCCUCGCCUCAGGUUGCACGAGGCGGGACGAGCCUGGCUUUCAUCGCGUAUCCCGAACUCAUCGCCCAACUUCCCUUGCCUAAUAUCUGGGCUGUUCUCUUUUUCUUCAUGCUCAUCACUCUGGGCUUGGACUCCGGAUUUGGCAUGGUCGAAAAUAUUUCCAGUCAUUUCAUGGGUGGAACGUUCAUCAUGAAUUUCUUGGACUAUUAUGCCGAUGCUCCAAAGAAAAUUUUCUUGGAAGCCAUGAUUCUCAUCUCCGUCAUGCACUUUUACGGCAUUGAAAACUUCUUACUCUCCUUGGGGGAGAUGACUGGAUUCAAACCCGGUUCAAAGGUGAAAGGUCAUCUAAUCACACUGUACAACACCGUCACUCCUCUGGUUUUGCUGGUGAUAUUCGUCUGGUCCUGCAGUUACGUUAGUCCGCUGACAAUAGGAGGCUACGAAUACCCAGCCUUUGCCCGCAUACUCGGCUGGUUCACUGCCCUUCUCACCUUGUCUGCCAUUCCUUUCGCUGCUCUCUACCAGACCUUCUGGGCGUACCGCCAUGUGCCGUGGAACCAGAUUUCAGGCAGCCUCACUCAUAAGGAGCCUUCAUGCAGGGACACCCGACAUCCCAAGGAAGUGCCAUAG